UAAAUCAAGUUAAUCAGUAAUAAUUUUUACUAUAUUAAGUAUUAAACGAUAUUUUUACUUUACUUUUAAUAACUAUUUGAGUAAAGAAAUAUAAUUAAUAAAAAUUCUUAUUUAUUUGAACAUUUUCCGUAGAAUAGAAGGAGAACCAAGCAACAGCAAACCAUAUCCUAAAGAUUCGAUAAUAGAUUACUAGCAAAUUAAAUAGCUUGCAGGCUAUUCAUAGACAAAUCUUCUUCUUAUCAUAGUUUUUAGUGGUUGUAUUAUAUGGGCAUUGAUAUUUCAAAACCUAAUUAGACAUAAGGCACUAAUAAAAACAGCAAUUUAUAAUUCAAUAAUCACAAAAGCGAAACCAUUUAAAAGAUGAUUUUAAGGGUUUAAAGUUAAAUAGAGAAAGGAGAGCUGAGCUAACCUACUUAGUAUUAAAAUUAAUCAUCAAUGCAAGGAAGACAAUAAAUUCAAUAGCAAUAGUAAUAAACUUAGAAUUAAUAUUAUUAGACACCCUAAGGGUAAAUGUAAAUGCAACAGUAGCAGAGAUUUUAACAAAAUAUGUAAUACUAGCCAGGAAAUUAUCAACAAGUGAAUGGAAGAAUUAUAUAAAUGAAUGGGCAAAAUUAAUAGCCUUAAUAUGGGUAUUAAAAUUAUCAAUAGCUUAAAAUUAAAGUGAAUUGCAAUGUUAAUGAGUACCUGUUUCAAAAGCUACCUUCUUCAGUUUUAUACAUGAUACUUUCCUUUUUGAUGAAUGAUUAUAUUAGCAUAAUAAUGGUAUCUCCUUUAUGGUACUAUAAGUUACACGAAUGUAUUGAAACAGAGCUACUCAAAAUAGACAACGAUUUCAUAAAAAGCUAUUCCAAUGCCUUGUUGUUCAAAAAUUCCUAUCUUACUAUUAAGCCAAUAAAAGUAAAUAACCAUUUUGGAUUUAGAAUGGAUAGAAAUAUUUGUGCAGAAGUACUCCCAUCAAUUAGUAAUAAAACAGUCAGCAUUAAAUAUACUUACAAAUCAUUCAGAAGAGUAGAUGAAUAUAAAAGUUAACAAAAGCAGAAAAAAUAUCUCUGUGAAUACCAUAUAGAUGCAGUCCAAAAGAAGAGCUCUCGUACAAUUUGGGCUUAUAAAGACGAUUGCAAUCAUAAUUAUGACAAAAAAAAAGUAGCAUUUAUUUAGCCUAUAACUCCAGUAAAAAUAGGAGAUAACAUUAAAAUAUCAGUAAACUUUUUUAACAUGAAUGGACUAGUCAACAUAUAUAGCAUUCAAUGGAAAGAAUUAACUACUGGUAGCAUACCCAGUGUACCAAUUUAUAUAGAUCCAAAUAAGAUAGACAAUUACGAGAAAGAGAGAAUUUGUGAAACAGAAGAAAUUUACUCAGACUGGGUACUAUAUGAAUAUUUCCAUAAGAUUAAUAAAAAGAGGAUAGAUGAUUUUUCACCUUACUUGCAUUUAAAAGAAGUUUACUGUGCUGGUGUAGAUAUAAUUACAAGUAAGCAUAUCUAUAUCGCUAAACAACCAUCAAACGGUAUUUUGUAAAAAAGCAAAGAAAAGCUAGGUGUAUACAUAUAAAUAUUAGAUGAUUCAGAAGAUUAAAUAUGUGAAAUAAAAAGAAAAGGUCUUUAUUAAGAUAAUGAAACUACAAUCUAGCUUAGAGUAGGAGAUAUAUUUGUUUUUUAUAUAAGUAGUGGAGAUUGA